AAUUUCAAACGCCUGCCUUGAGGGCCUGAUUCUGUAGCGCCUCGUGUUCCGGCGUAAUCGGCUACGGGGCUUUGGCGUCAGAUAAGAACGUGCCUCUUUGAUGUGCAGAGCACCAACUAUAUAUUUCCACCAUUUCUCCCUUCCUACUUUCCUAUGCCCCCCAGCCCAAAACAUGGCAAGCGCAUCCCCACGAUCCAGUCCCGCACCUGCCGAUACCGACCUCCCGACCAAUGAGAAUUCGAUCGAUACGAAUGCAGUGACCGAGGAACCUAUCGAGGUCGACCUUCAUAAGAAUAAGUCGAGCACCCCGGAGCAGAUCCGUGAUCAAGUAAAGCUGAAGAACGCGAGCGAGGAACAUGUGGUAUCCAUUGAUGGAGGCCUGGGCCGCCUGGCCAGGAACAUGUCGAACAACCCGGAGCAGACCGCAGACAAUGGGCUCGAGCCGAAUAACACGAAUGAGAAUCCUGCGGUGUCCGUUGAAGGACGCCUUACUGAGAUGUCAGACACGCUGGGCCAGAUUCUCGAAGUCCUCAAAGGAUCAAAGAUCGCAGAAGAACUCGGGAAAGAUGACAAUUCAAAGUUUUGGGCGACGUACAAGAAAUUUUCGACCGAGUACGACAAUGACUUCCUCAGGCGGGCUAAUGAUGAUAUGGGCAUUGUUCUGACUUUUGCUGGUCUACUCUCAACCGUCAUCGCUGCAUUCAUCGUCGGAAUGCAGCCUAAUCCGGGAGACACCACAAAUUCCCUCCUCCUCUAUCUAAUUCAGAUCAAUGUUAAUGGCCCGAAUUCUGUACCUGACAUCAGCAAUCUCUCUUCAUCCACAGAAUUUCCCCCUUCGACUGUCUGGAUACAAAUGCUUGCGUAUGUUAGUCUCGUGCUCAGCCUCUUGGCCGCAUUCGGGGCCACCUUGUGCAAGCAAUGGCUUAACUCUUACACAAGAGAGGUACGAGGGACUCUGGAAGAGCGCGGCAUAUAUAGGCAGAUAAAACUGGAUGGGUUAGAGAAUUUUCGCAUGCAGAGUGUCGUGCAGGCACUACUUGUGCUCCUCCAGGCUUCGGUCAUGCUCUUCGCCCUCUCGCUAAGCGCCAACAUGUGGGCCAAGCAAAUCGAAAUAUCCACCGGCAUCAUCUGCACCACAGCUUUUGGCCUUCUCUUCUACGUGAGCACUAUUCUAGUGUCUGUGUUACGUCCAGACAGUCCUUUCCCGACACCAGCCUCGGAGCUAAUGAAAGCGAUCUGUCAACAUUAUCUUCCACGCAAUUUCAACCUCAUUCCUCCCAUUUCCCGGAAAUCAUCCGCCAUUCGCUGGAUACUGGAGACAUUGACAGACCCUGAAUUUGUUGAUGCCGCGGCUGCGAUGGUACCUCGUGUGCAAUGGCCCGCGACCUUUGAUACUUCAGCAGCCUUCAAAUCCUUACGGAAUAUUUUCGUGGCAUGUCGUGACAGGGAAGAGCUAUAUGUACAGUAUGGCAAAGCCAUGGCCCAUCUUUGCAUCCAGCCGGUGAAAAUCAGCAAGCACCUUCUGAUGUUUUUUCCGGAUGUCAAAUUUUCGGUCACCCGAAGUCGUUUCAUUUACGAUGCGUUCAUGGCUGGACGUGCUGCCUACGAACAGCUCAAGAAUCCACAGGAAGAAGACGCUCAAUGCAAGCAUCGGGCUAGUGCACGCACUGCUCUGAGAACCAUGCUUGUCUACGGACUGGACAAUCAACUUUCACGCCCGGACGAUGAAGAGUUGAUUUGGAAAGGUGAUCUGUGCUGGUAUCACGGCGACAAGCAUGAGCCCAGAUGUGAAGAAUUUGAUUGGCUCAUCGAUUACCUGGCGGAUAGUACAAAGCAUGGCAUAGACGAUGAAACAGAAGGUGACGCUUUGCUUGCACUGAGCGGCAUGCGUGGACUAGGGAGCUCUACCAAGCAAGCAUCCUACAUUAGCUCGCUUAUCCACAGUUUGGAGUCCACCAGACCUCCCCGAGUCCGGUAUACCGCACUUAGAGCUGUUUUUGAAGCUCGAGAAAAACUGGCUUCUAUGGCAAGUCCCUCGAUGUCAGAAGUCGACGCACAACUCCUGGAUCAGCUUUCUCUCCAAGUCGCUUCUUUAAUUACUGUACCCCAAAAUAACAACCCCGCGAUCGAAGACAAUGGACCCGACGCCUCUUCGCACAACGCUCGAGAUUCUUGCUACCUCCGCCUUAUCUAUGCCCUGACAAAGAACAACGAGUGGCAUGAACGUCUGACCCGUGAUGGCCAUCUCAACCGGUGCGUUGACGGUGUCUCUCCUGAGAGUUAUUCGCAAGUUGGAUUCUACCCUCUUGUGAUCUUCGGGCGCAUCAAGUCUUCGGGCAAGGACCUUCAAGUCAGUCCUGCUGAUGAGAGGUGGCGACUGCUCAUCGCACGGACAUGGGACGCACUGCAACGUGCCGUAAAGGACGACACCGACAUCGAUGAAAUACCAACCAUCGUGACAGCGACGAGGCUGAAUUGGCCAGCCUCAGAUGAUGGUGUUCAGAGGGAGUGGUUUGCAGAUCUCGCUGCAAAGGUGCAUGGUACUUUGGUCAAAAUUGCAGGAGAGACAGGCGAGGCUUGUGAAUGAUGGUGUAGCUCGGGCCAACGUUGACGCUGCAAUAACUCAUGUGCAGAACCUGUACAACGCUCUGAGUCGUACGGUUGAGUAACGGAAAACAUCGCAACAGGACGAUGGAGUCUCGGGAUUGUGAAACACAUGCAUCCUUUCCAUAGUUCUUUUACAUAUUUGUUAGACACGUCGCAG